AUGCCUUCUCCCGAGACGGACGAGUCCGAGCCCUUUCUGGCCGCCAAUUUUCUCGAAACCCCGAUCCCACUCGAGGAAGCCACCCCCGAGCCCCGUCGCAAUACCUUCACGGCUAGAUCUUACAACAAGAGCGCCACCAGAUCACGGUCGCCUUUAGUUGCAGCUACCGCGCCGCUAGGAUCUUUAGGCUGUUGUGCUGCUCGAUAUUUGCGCCGCCAAAUACGAUGCUCGAUCCCCCGGCAGCUAAUAGUCCUCCUCAAGCUCUACCUUCUCAGCGUUGCCAUUCUACUCUUCUCCGUUCUCGUCAUCUUCCCGUCACAUACGAGUCCUCCGUCCCAGUACCAAAAUCUUGAGCAGAGAUGUGGCGGCCCUCUCCCAGAAGCGGGCUGCGCCAACCUUCACCAAGAAAAAAUAUUCAUCGUGGCUUCAAUGUAUGACAAGGAUGGGGAGUUGCUAGGCGGCCAAUGGGGCCAACAACUCCUGGACCUCGUUCAUAUCAUCGGCCCCGAAAACGCCUUUGUCUCCAUAUACGAAAAUAAUAAUGCGCCGGCUGGUACGGCUGCUUUGAUUAACUUUCGCCGAAGACUGCUCUGCAAGAGCGAGCUUGCCCAUGAGCAACAGCUUGAUCUCUCGAAGUUUCCCAAUAUUACCAUGCCCGACGGCUCCGAGCGAAUGAAACGAUUAAGUUACCUUACCGAGUUGCGUAACCGAGCCAUGUGGCCUCUUGAUCGCUUUGACGAGUCCGUUGGCGUCUUCGACAAAGUCUUAUAUCUCAAUGACGUCUUCUACCGCCCCAUCGAUGCCGCUCACCUCCUCUUUUCCACCAAUACCGACGACAGCGGCCGCACCCACUAUCUCUCUGCGUGCGCGAUGGAUUUUGAUUCGCCAGGUAUCUUCUACGAUUCCUACGCUCUGCGUGAUGCCGAAGGAUACGGCACUGGCUCCCAAGAGUAUCCCAUAUUCACCACAGCAGGUAACGCCAUCUCGCGCCACGAUAUGCUGGGUGAAACCGACGCCGUCCGCGUCAGUACUUGCUGGUCUGGUAUGGUCGCUAUGCAGGCAAGAUGGGUCCAAAACACCGAUUCCGCUCUGCUGCCAGCGCCUAAUUUUCAGGAUGUUGGCGCCCAUAUUAUUGACCCUGAUGCGCCGAAGUCUGUGGAGGUACCAAUUCGUUUCCGCUAUGAGCCAGAAAUCUUCGCCGAUUCGUGCGAAUGUUGCCUCUUCCUCGCCGACGUCACGACCGUUGCUCGUAAUGCUGGAGCUAUCGACACUGACACCUUUCUCAACCCUUAUGUGCGGGUCACGUACAAGCCUAGAUUAUUGCCGUGGAUACUGAUCAGUAAGCGUUGGGAGCGUAUUUGGAUACCGUUGCAGCUUCUUCGCACAUGGUUGCAGGGCCGCCCAGAGGUCAAUCCCCAUCGCACUGUCCAGGAGGGCGAGGCCUUUAUCGAGGAGGUCUGGGUGAAUAAUCGCUCACUCUCAGCCGGUGGAAGCUGGGUUAUGAGGGAGCGCACAGGACGCAAUGGCAUGCUGUGCUGGGGACGCAUGAUGCACUUGAUGAAGCUGGGGGGCAAGCGUGGAGGUGACAGAAACUGGGAAAGAGCCGGUAUACCAAAAGGCCAUGUACAGUGA